AGGACAUGUUUCAGAGCCUCAAGUGGAGCAGCAGAGCUCAGAGGUUCCCAGUGAUCCACAACAUCAGACUCAGAUGGACUCCACAUUUAAGGAAACACAGAUGGCAGCACUUAAAGAAGGUCUGUUUGAUAUUCUGAAGGAUUUGGUCGAUGACGACUUUAAAGAGUUCAAGUGGUUCUUGAACAAUGAAAAACCAACCAUUCCAAUAAGUCGACUGGAGAACGCAGACCGGAUGGACACGGUGGAUCUGAUGGUCCAGACCUACUACACAGAUACUCCAAGAGUCACUGUAACGAUUCUGGAGAAGAUGAAGAAGACUGAUCUGGUGAAGAAACUUUCAAAAAACAUCCCAGUAUCUGAAGAGAGCAUUAACCAGGGUCGGCGAGAACUGAAGGUUAACCUGCAGCAGAAGUUUGAGUGUGUGUUUGAGGGCAUCGCUAAAGCAGGAAACCCAACCCUCCUGAACCAGAUCUACACAGAGCUCUACAUCACAGAGGGAGGGGCUACAGAGGUCAACCAGGAACAUGAGGUCAGACAGAUGGAAACAGCAUCCAGGAACCCACACAGACCACCACCAACCAUCACAUGUGCAGAUAUCUUUAAAAGACCACCUGACAGACAUGAACCAAUCAGAACAGUGCUGACAAAGGGCGUGGCCGGCAUCGGGAAAACAGUCUUAACACAGAAGUUCAGUCUGGACUGGGCUGAAGACAAAGCCAACCAGGACAUCCACUUCAUAUUUCCAUUCACCUUCAGAGAGCUGAAUGUGCUGAAAGAGGAGAAGUUCAGUUUGGUGGAACUCAUUCAUUACUUUUUUGAUGAAAUAAAAGAAGCAGGAAUCUGGAGGUUUGAAAAACUCCAGGUGGUGUUCAUCUUAGAUGGUCUGGAUGAGUGUCGACCUCCUCUGGACUUCAACAACAGUCAGAUCCUGACUGAUGUUACAAAGUCCACCUCAGUGGAUGUG